GGCCAAAUGGUUAGGAGAGUAGAGAACAGAAGGUAACGUUUUAGAACUGACCCCACUUCCCUGAGAAGGGCAGGCACAGUGCAGGUGCCUUAGGACUGACAGCUCUUGUUCUGUGGGUGGCUAAGAAAGGGCUUCUACAGAGAUAGCGAGCCCCACCAUGGGAGGGCUGUGCCCUCCAGAACCAGAAAGAAGGGCAAAGGCAUUGGGAGGGGUGGUGUGGGAGAUCAGAUUGGAAUGGGCUGGCCCUUGGGCUUUGACUGGCUCCAAGGAACCUGUCACUGUUGACUGUGAGUAACACAAGCCUCCCCUAUGAGCUGGAGCCAUAUAAAGCCUCCGGAGGCACGCGCGCAGCUGCUCACUGUGACCAUGAAGACUGGCCUCUUUAUCCUGCUGGCCACUUAUUUGGCCCUGCAUCCAGGUGCUGCCCUGCAGUGCUAUUCAUGCACAGCACAGGUAAGCAACAGAGACUGCCUGAAUGUGCAGAACUGCACCGACGACCAGAACAGCUGUUGGACAUCACGUGUCCGGGCCAUCGGACUCGUGAGAGUUAUCAGUAAGGGCUGCAGCUCAAACUGCGAGGACACGUCAGAGAACUACUACGUGGGCAAGAAGAACAUCACGUGCUGCUACUCCGACCUGUGCAAUGUCAAUGGGGCCCACACCCUGAAGCCAGCCACCACCCUGGGGCUGCUCACUGUGUUCUGCAGCCUGGUGCUGUGGGGCUCUAGCCAUCAAUAGACUCUAGGAGAACCCCACUACAACCCCUACUGUGUGGGGAU